AUGAGAGCACUGUGUACAUUGAGUCUGUUUGAAUCAGUCUCUCUCCUCUCUCCCUCUCUCCCUCUCUCUCUCUCUCUCUCUCUGGUGGGUAGUGCUAUAGCGCCCACUAUUUCAAAAGCAAGGAAUAUUAUUUCACAAGAAUUGGAAAGGACUCAGUAAGAGAGAGAGAGGGGAAAAAAAAAAGUUGCUUUGCCUCUCUCGUCAACUUUUAGUUAACUUUCGUUUUAACAUUUAUUUAGCCAUGUUUGAGGAGCCCAGCUUUCUCUCCAGCGAUGCAACAAGCUCUUUGUGAACUCGCAGAGUGUGUGUGCAAGUUGAGCUAAUGGCAGAUUUGCAGAGCUGCUCUGCACACACAGAAUGUGCCUUUUGCUGUGCUAAAAGUGAAGGGCUGGACAUCAGCAAAUCAUGGACUUGAGCUUCAGAAAACCAGAAGGGAAGAAGAGAAGGGGGAAGGAAAAAAAAAGGUGUUUUGUGUUUUGCUGCAAAGAGCCAUAUCUAACAAUAAAGAUCAACAGCAAGCUUGGGGAGAUCUUGGAGGAUCCCCGAGGGUCCCUUGUAAAUAGGAGUAAAGAAAAUGCAAAAGGACCUACUUUUGGCCAGUUUCCUCGCCCUUGCUUUGGAUCUCAUCUUCUCGGCUUGUGUAGACUCCUCUCCUCCUCCUUGAGCCCAGAAGCAAGCUAUACACUAUCUUCAUCUCCCAAGCAUUGUCAGUGCAGACACCUCCGCACAUGCGCAAAGAGCAUUCAAUCUGACACCCUCACCAAGGGCCAAGAAACUUUCCAAUGAAUUCAUCAUCAUCAGGUUUUUUUUUUGUCCUAUCCUCUUCUUCAGAUCACUUAUCUCUCCCUCCUUUUUUCUCCCCUCAGCUCCAUCUCUGCGUUUCCUUCUACUGCCCCUUUAAGAAAAAAUCAGACCAUUCCGUUCUGCAAUCCUCUACUACACCACGGCCCCUGCUUGGACAUCUAUGGAGCAUCAAGGUACCAUACAAUAAAAAGAUGAUGAUUGAUGCCAUUGUUUUGUAACACAUAAUGCACUUUAUCGAUCCAUUAAUAAUCAGUGAUACUAUAUCACAUUUACUAAUAAUAGCUCAUUGCUGUAUUUUUAAUUUAUUUUUUUCAUUUUUUUAACACCCUGUCUGUAUUUAUUUAUAAGUAUAUGGCAUUUGUGUUUUAUGUUUUUUUUGUUUGUUUUUUUGCAACAUAUUUAUUUUAUUUUUAUUUUUUUUAUCCCACAGCUUACCGUCUUAUUAUCCAGGACUGGAUGGGGUAAUUAUGUCUUCAUCAAAUGGAUCUUUUAUUAGUUGGAUCACAAUACUGCUAACCUGUCACUAUUUGAUUACACUGUUUCUAUUCCUGACUGUAAUCAUUUUGGGAGAUAAUUAAUUUUAACCCUUUCUGGAACUUGUAUAUUUAGUUGAGGGCACAGCGGUUAGAGGUGGAAGUACUAUAAAUGCAUUUAUUUUUUUAGCUGAAUUUGAAUACAUAUAAGUUUAUCUGCAUUUUGAAGAUAUAGAUAGAAUAGAUAGAUAGAUAGAUAGAUAGAUAGAUAGAUAGAAUAUAUAGAUAGAUAGAUAGAUAGAUAGAUAGAUAGAUUACAUUUUCUGAUUAAGUCUGUUUGGGACAAAUAAUAUUUAUGGCCGAAUUUCCUGUUUAAUUAUAUUUACUAAUGACAUAAAUGCUCACCUUUUUGAUAUUAUUGCUGUUAUGACUAACACACACACGUGGGUCUAAUUGCUAUUUUCCUGACAUUUCCAAGCCCACUGUAUUGAUUAGUCCCUUUAACCCAAUCUGCUUGCAAUAUUGUAUGUACCUUUGCUUUGGCUGAAGUAUAAUGCCAUAUUUUGUAUUUAUAAGGAUUGGCCUUCAGACCCAGGUAAGUGACACAUCGCACAGUACAUCUGACAUGGGCAAAUCACACUAGUUUGAUGCCAGUCACUGACUACAAUAGUUAAUUCAUUACAAAUCGUAGAAGUGAAGCUAGAUUCUUAAUGAUUUUCAGGAAAUAUAUUCUGAGCGGUAAGAGACAAAGCUUUGCAGUUAAAGAAACAGGAUACGAUUAUCAGGAUUGUACAGAAUUAAGCUUUUAAAUCCAAUUGUCAGUGUAAAACUGCCUUAAAUCAGGUCGAAAGGUAGGCAAACACACUGCUAUUAUUCUAUUAUCUAAGAUGGAAUAAACCAGGUAUUGCAGAGCAAUACCCUGUGAAUAAUGCGUACACACAUACAAACACGUGUGUAUGUGCAUGUGUGUAUGUAUGUGCAUGUGUGUGUGUGUGUGUGUGUAUAUAUAUAUAUAUGUAUAUAUAUAUAUAUAUAUAUAUAUAUAUCCAUGAUUUAUGAUUUAUAAUAGAAAGAAACAUUAUUAUUAUAUAGAUACAAUUUUUUUUGUUAAAUUAAUUCCUGAAGCGUAUUCUGUUUUUGCAUUCAGCUACUUCAAAAAGGUAUUUAUAGAGCGCCAACAGAUACCGUAGAGCUGUAUCCAGGUUAUGUUUGACCUAGCUGGACAGAUUUAUAACCAGAAACCGACAAAUAGUAAUAGGUCUCUACAUCGCUCAAAGGGUUAAAUGUCCUUUUUAUAGAACAGGUAAACUGUAAAAUGUAUUUCUGGCCAAAAAAAUAAAAUAAAAAGAAGUGUUUUUUUAAUUAAAUUUUUUUUCGGUGCUCUAGAAUUCAGGGGUCUAUUCACUAAACAGCGAAAUGUGACGAGCUGACAACCGGCCUGCAAAAUAUAGAUCACAAAGCCCAAAGUGAAGGACAAAUCUUCACAAUUUAGGCUCUUCUGAUCUAAAUCUUCCAAGUCGGUUGUUAAUGUCACUGGUCAGUGAAUAUAUCCCUCAAAAAUAGGAUUUUUUUUUUUUAAUUUUACACCAAAACAUACAAUGUGAAUGUAAUCGAGAGUUUUCUUGUGCAAUUACAAAUCGGAUUGAACCCGAAUCGCAGUAAAUUGUAUACAUAAAUAUUUCAUAUAAAAAUCACCAAUACCUAUAUAUAACAUAGCCAGUCAUUAAACCUUCUCCCAGGGGACACAUGGAUUGUUAGCUAAUGUGGAUAUUUACACCUGUAGAUUCUAAAAGGGGGAUGACAUCUGGAUUUUGUUUCACACACAAUAGGAUUUAGUGAUACAAUGUAUCUGAUGUUUGUCACCUGCACUGUUGGAGUCAACACCUUUACCCUCAUAAUUGUCAAAAUAACUGUGAACAAACUGUCUUCUCCAGGUCUGAAACAGUUAAAAGUGACUUAUUUCCAAGUGCAAUCUUUGUGGAAAUAUUGCAUUUGUGGUUUCCAAAUUCAACUCAGAAAAAUGAUUUUACACCAUUUAAAAAAACAUUUGAACUGUUUCAAAAGGGAGAGUUCACACCUUUCAGUGUGUACUAGAAUUCUGUAUCUAGCAGGUAACUGGUUAAAACAAACUGUUACAAUGCACUAUUUAUAAAUAGAACCAUCCGAAUGUUGAUUUGUUUAUGUGGAAGCUUUGUUUAAUGUUUCCUGACAGACUGAAAACACUUAAACCAAACAGGAAUGCAAAACAAUUACAAAAAAUCCUGACAACGCCACCACAAGUAGCGAAACACUGAAUUGGUUGCAAAAUGCAGUUUGGAAAGGAAAAGACAAGUGGGUUAUACAACAGAGUGCACUCUGUUAGUAAGCUGUUAUUUUGUUAAAAUAAUAAUAAAAUAUAAAGUGACGAAUAAUAGGACAGUUUGGUGUAAUGUAUAUAUCAGUUUUCGUUUUACUGUGAUACUAGGUUGCUGUAAUCUGGUCUGUAUGCCCUUUGUAAGACUAGCAGUUCCAGUAUCGAUGUUUGUGUACAUAUGGAUACAUUAUGUCUGUGAUGCAUUUAUAAACACCAUACACACCUACAGAGACACACACUCACACCCACAUUCACAAAUGUUAUCAUUUCAAUAUACUGCUUUGUAAUAGCUAUACAUCUAUAUAUCUCUCUCUCUCUCUCUCUCUCUCUCUCUCUCUCUCUCUCUCUCUCUCUCUCUCUAUAUAUAUAUAUAUUUGAUUGAUUAUCUAUCUAUCUAUCUAUCUAUCUAUCUGUCUGUCUAUCUACAUACACACAGAGAUAUACAUAUUUAGAUACAGAAAGAGCGACAUAGGCAUAUAUUAUGUGUAAACAAACAUACACAUGUACAGAAUGAGGUUGUAUGCCUUUUUACAUACUCACCAAUAUUAGACACAUAAAUUAAUAAAAUAAACUGGCGUUGUUUUUUUUCUCAUAUUAACUGUUUUAUUUGUUAAUAUACUGGGCGAUUUGCGAUGCCCCCAUUAACACAAUGAUUUUUAUUCACAUCAUUCAUGUCUAACUGUACUCUAAUCCCAGGUACUGGCCGUACAGGAGACCCACUGGAUCUGCGGAUAGGGUCCCCAUGA